AUGAAGUACUUCAUCAUUCUUCUUGCUGCUGUUGCCACAGCAUCUGCUGUCGCAGUUCCUGAAGCUCAACCUAAGAGUCUCGACAAGCGGGCCUGCUAUACUGCGUUUGGAGCUUGCCGAACUGCUUGCCCAAACGCUGCUUGUGCCAGAGGUGGUACCAACACGGCACCAGAGUUCUGCUGCUAA